GCUGAUGCCGGGUAGACGUGUUUGAAGUUGUUGGAGUUAAAAAUCGUUUGUUCAUAGUUAUUUAGUAAAGUUACAAUGCUAUCCGAAACAUAAUUUGUUUCUGAUUAAUUAACACAACUAGUGAAAUGUGAUGUUGUCUACGAUUAAAGCAGUUUUUUGAGUUUUACUUUCAUCAGAAAAUAUCAUUCAACAUGUCCGAUUGUCUAUACGAUGCAUACGACGAUAGUGAAGACUACUACGACACUCAGUACGAGGACCUCCAGGAGCUAGACCUGACCGGUUACGAGGACGAACAACUGGAGUGGAGUGAUUUGUAUCAAUCAUGUGUGCUUCCAUCGUUUCUUCAGAUAUCAGCGUACAUCCUUCCGUUCAUUGGGGCCAACAUAUUAUUGUGCUGUUGUUUAAAACUGCAAUCGCGAUAUGCACCAGCCAAAGGGUUCAUCGCACACAUCCUCAGUUCUGGAGUCGGAAUAUACCUGCUGUACAGCACCAUGCAAAGUGGCCAUCUCUAUGUGAUUAUGUUGCUGAUUUCCACCUACCUGUUGCUGAAAGCAUCCUUCAUAUGGCAGUAUUGCAGGCUUAGAUUCGAUUAUAUUAUAAGUAUUUACGCUGUGAUGUACUUAAUCCUGUGUGAGAUUAUCGAGGAAGAUCGUGGAGCGUGGCACCAUGCCCGUGGAGUGCUGAUGAUUGCCGUUAUGAAGGCUAUUUCGCUUGCUUUCGAUACGAGAGCAGAUGCGAGACUUAAGGAUGCAUUCUCUAUACUUUCGUUUUUAGGUUACAUUUGUUGUCCGGCAAAUUGUAUCUUUGGACCUUGGACAUCAUUCGGCGAAUACCUUACCGUACAAACUAAACAAAAAUCACAUUUCAGUAUUAAUUUAAGAUACUUUACACAAAUUCUUAUUAAUUUAGUUGUGUCCAUAUCAUGUGUGCUGUUAUCAAACUGCACCGAUGCCUCACUAUUUUUUGGUCAUCCUUGGAAGUGGGUAUCCGCAUACGGAUCUGCAUUCUCCUUCCGAACAAGUCAUUACUUUAUAUCAUUUCUUUCCCAAGCGACUAUGGUUUCGUACGGUUUUACCGGUAUUAAAAAUACAGCCCCAAAAUCACCAACAGAUCGUUACGUCAGCUAUUUCGGGUACGUUGUUGUGCGUCCUCUGAGUAUAGAAAUUCCCAGAUCCCUAGUUGACGUAGUUGUGGUUUGGAACAUUCCAAUGCAUAUCUUUCUAAAGCAAUACGUAUUUCGCGUAGUUAAACCUAGCGGGACAUUUACUGCACUUUUUGUAACCUACAUGGUGUCGUCUUUACUCCACGGUCUCAACUUUCAACUAUGGGCUGUGCUUCUUACCUUAGGACUGUGGAGUUAUGUGGAGUACAACAUUCGAAAAAAGUUAGCAGCAAUAUUUUCGGCAUGUGUUUUGGUUAACAAAUGUUCGACAUCCUGCAGCAAACAUAAAGUAGGGAAAACGAAGGUGCUUUCUAUUCUGAUAAACACAAUAUUCUUCAUUCUUUGUGUGAUAAAUCUCGCGUAUUUAGGAUUCAUACUCGAAGGUGAUAAUGGUUUCUCACUAGUUGAUGCUCUCAAGAAAUGGCAAAGCUUGGACUAUACAACUCAUUGGUUAGCAUUAGUUGGAUUAGUUUUCUAUUACAUCAUUUGAUCAACUGUUAAUAAAUUUGUACAUAUAAAAAAGUGUAAGUAAAACAAAUAAUUUUUAAUAAAAACUAAAAAGUUUAAAUUUUAUGUAAAACAUCACGU